CGUGACCGAAACUUAAUUCAGGCUCAUUCGAUCAUUGCAUCCAAUAACCGAGAAAAGAUCGAGUGCUUCUCCACCCGUCUUCUGUUGCCGUAUCAAAAUUUUGCCGUCCGUUUGUUUCCAGAAGCUGUCUCCGUUCAUCACUGCUGCUGACUCGCUGGAAGGUCAUCAUUAACUGACGUCAGAAAAACCUCCUAUCAUAUUUCCGGCACCGCCGAGGUAACGGAUUGUGGAAUUUUCCUAUCGAGCUGCCAUCACCGCAGGGUCCGUGUCCACUAGAACUAAGAGAAGCAUCCCCUGGAGCCGACCAGAAAGUCACACAGUAGACUUGGGAUAGCUUUUCACCUGCAAAAGUAGAAAUAAAUGUCUUCCCAAAACAAGGGAUUUUGGAUGGUAAUGGGUGACAAAAAGGCAGCAUUUGGUCAUCCUUCCAAAAUUGAACCAAAGCGGUCUCGUCACUGUUUUGUUGAUUCUGCUGAAAUAGAUUCUUUAGCAAACAAGAAGCAAGCUACGGAAGAUGCUAAUGGAAAAUCAAGUUCAGGAUUGUCAAAUGCGUUUACAUCUUGGCAGAGCAAUUCUUCUUUUCAUUCUGUUCCAAUCCAGUUUCUUGGCGGAUCUUUUAGAUCCGAAACUAGGCCUGUCAAUUUCGGUGAAGAGAAAACUUUUUUUAUGACUGAUGAUUUCAAUGCACGAACAAAAAUGUCAUAUGGGGAAGAUGCCUCUUUUGACCUGUCUAUAUCUCAUUCUGUUGAAGAUUCUGAUACAUGUCUAGGUUUCGGUGGAAUUAAAAAAGUGAAAGUCAAUGGUGUUAAAGAUUGCGACAAUGCACAGCCUUCAGGGAGUCGUAAUCUUGACAUACAGAAUGUUGGCAAUCUACAUCAGGCUUGUAACAGAGAACCUGAGUCAAAAUCUAUAUCAACGGGGCAAGCCUUUGAUACGGAGGGUGGUGUCACAUUAAUGGGACUUACAUGCGAUAGAGCGGAAGCACAUAUUAGAUCACUAGAUGGCCCUUCUUGCAGAGUAGCAGUGAAUGCCACAUCUAUUAGUGAUUCCUGUAAUAAAGAUGACACGAAUGUAAUUUCUUUUGGUGGCUUCCUAGAUGAACAGGAUGCCAUCCCUGCGAAUAGGCCAGCGAGAGAAUAUGGUCCGUUGUACGAUCAAUCUUCAGUUGAGGUGUCAGUGGCAGCUGACAAAACAGAGAUGGAUGUUUCAAAUUCAAAUGCGAUUGUAAAUUCUCCUCUGGUGGCUAAACUUAAACCCGAGUCUCUGUCCAAAAAGAUACCAGAGUGUAGAAUAACAAGGAAAGAAACUCCAAAUAGUUUCCCUUCUAACGUCAGAAACUUGAUUUCUACUGGUAUGCUAGAUGGAGUUCCUGUAAAGUACACCUCAGUGGCACGGGAGGAACUCCGUGGAGUUAUUAAAGGUUUUGGCUAUCUGUGUGGUUGUCAAUCAUGCGAUUAUACCAAGGUUUUAAAUGCUCAUGAGUUUGAGACACAUGCUGGUUGCAAAACAAAACACCCUAACAAGCACAUUUACUUUGAGAACGGGAAGACCAUAUAUCAAAUAGUUCAGGAACUGAAGAAUACCCCUGAAAGUUUGUUGGUUGAUACAAUUCAAACGGUUUUUGGUUCAAAAAUUAAUCAGAAAGCAUUUCACAGUUGGAAAGAAUCAUUUCAAGCAGCAACUCGUGAGCUUCAGCGCAUUUACGGAAAGGAAGUACUAAUAAGUCCCUAGCCUGUGUCAAUGUUAUGGAGGCUAGAAAUUCUAUUUAUGCAUAGUAAGACAUAUGAAUCUAACAUGAUCUUAUUUCUGGCCUCGCAAUUUGCCUGGAAUUCUGGAGUUUUUAUGGCAAUGGAUGCCUGUUGCUAGAUUUUGUACAAAUCAAUGAGAUUAGGUGCCAUGACAGAGGACAGCUUAUCAGGGACAUUGUGUGGAAAGUUAGUAAAUAGAACGGAAUUAAGGAACAAUUCUUGUUUGUUUAGUAUGUUUAGAGUGCGAAACUUGAGGAUCGGAGAAGGGUCAUGUAAAAAUUAUGCUUCUUUGGAGGCAUAUCUGUAAAUGGAAGGUAAAAUUCACCCAA